AAUCGUCACCAUGGAAGAAAGCAGUCUAUAAACAACCAUGUUCUAUGCAUUUUUCUAUGGUUUCAUUCCUUAAUUACAGAUGAUUAUAAAUAUUGUGUAAUAUUGUUCAUAAAUGGCUUCUCAAUCAUUUAUUUUAACCAAUGAAGAUUUGCGUGUGAUCAGACGUCUGUGGUCAACUUUGAUCCGCCAAAAACAGAAACAGGAACAUGCAGAAGAUCUGAAACAAGAGCUAGACAUUGACACUCAUAGGAUAUCUAUAGAGGAAUUGUGUCAGCGAUUCAGGACAAACACAGAAGUGGGUAUAUCACACAACAAAGCAGCAUCAAGAUUGAAGCGUUUUGGUCCAAAUGCCCUGGCUCCUCCAAAACAGACCCCAGAAUGGGUGAAGUUCUGCAGAAUACUAUUUAGUGGUUUUUCCAUGCUAUUGUGGGUUGGCGCUAUGUUGUGUUUCCUUGCUUAUUUUAUAGAAUUUGCAACAGUGGAGGAAAAAGCUAGUGAUGAUCAUCUGUACCUUGGAUUUGUCCUAAUAGUUGUUAUAAUUUUAACUACCCUUUUUUCGUAUUACCAGGAGAAUAAAAGCUCGAGGAUAAUGGAUUCUUUUAAGAAAUUGGUUCCCCAGCACGCUACAGUGGUGCGUGGUGGCGAGAAAAUGUCUGUAAAAGCAGAAGAACUGGUUUUCGGCGACUUAGUGGAAGUGAAAGGUGGCGAUCGCAUCCCAGCAGACAUCCGAAUUAUUAAAGCCAGCAAUUUUAAGGUCGACCUUUCGUCUCUAACCGGAGAAUCGGAACCUCAAAGUCGAAGUACAGAAUACACCGACCACAACCCGCUAGAAACUAAAAACCUUGCCUUCUUUUCUACAAACGCAAUUGAAGCACUCUGCGCAGGGACAGCCAAGGGCAUAGUGGUAGCGACUGGUGAGAACACAGCCAUGGGACGCAUCGCGGGGCUGGUGUCCAGCCUGGAGGUCGGGGACACUCCAAUCGCCAAGGAGCUGCACCACUUCAUCAGGAUCAUAUCGGCCGUGGCAGUGUUCCAGGGCGUGCUACUAUUCAUCAUCUCCUUCAUCCUGGGCUACCACUGGCUGGACGCCGUUGUGUUCCUCAUCGGCAUCAUCGUCGCGAACGUCCCGGAGGGCCUUCUGGCGACGGUGACGGUGUGCCUGACGCUGACGGCCAAGCGCAUGGCCUCCAAGAACUGCCUGGUGAAGAACCUGGAGGCCGUCGAGACGCUGGGCUCCACGUCGACCAUCUGCUCCGACAAGACGGGCACGCUCACGCAGAACCGCAUGACGGUGGCGCACAUGUGGUUCGACGGCCAGAUCAUAGAGGCCGACACCUCGGAGGACCAGUCGGGUGUUCCGUACGACAAGUCCGGUCCGGGGUUCAAGGCCCUGGCGCGCAUCGCAGCUCUGUGCAACAGGGCGGUGUUCAAGCAAGACCAGGAACAUCUGCCAGUGUUGAAGAGGGAGGUGAUCGGCGACGCGUCGGAAACGGCGCUGCUGAAGUGCAUGGAGCUGGCGCUGGGCGACGUGAGGGGCAUCCGGACGAGCCACCACAAGGUGGUCGAGGUGCCGUUCAACUCGGCCAACAAGUACCAGGUGUCGGUGCACGAGAACGAGGGUGGCUACCUGCUGGUGAUGAAGGGUGCGCCAGAGCGCAUCAUCGAGCACUGCAGCACCAUCUACACGGGCGGCCGCGAGCAACCGCUCGACCACGAGAAGAAGCAGGCCUUCAGCGAGGCCUGCCUGCAUCUUGGCAGCUUGGGCGAGCGCGUGCUGGGUUUCUGCGACCUUGUGCUUCCCGCCAAGCAGUUCCCGCAAGGAUUUGAGUUCUCGGCGGACAACCCGAACUUCCCGCUGGAGGGCCUGCGGUUCGUCGGCCUCAUCUCCAUGAUCGACCCGCCCCGCGCCGCGGUGCCGGACGCCGUGGCCAAGUGCCGGUCGGCGGGGAUCAAGGUCAUCAUGGUGACCGGCGACCACCCCAUCACCGCCAAGGCCAUCGCCAAGUCCGUCGGCAUCAUCUCGGAGGGAAGUGAGACGGUAGAUGACAUAGCGGAAAGACUUGGCAUCCCAGUUUGGGAUGUGGACCGCAGCUUAGCGAAGGCUGCUGUGGUUCACGGCAUCGAGCUGAAGGACAUGUCGUCGGAACAGUUGGAUGAUCUUCUCAAGAAUCACAGUGAAUUAGUGUUUGCCCGGACGUCUCCGCAGCAGAAGCUGAUCAUUGUGGAAGGUUGCCAGCGAAUGGGAGCCAUCGUUGCGGUGACUGGAGAUGGUGUGAAUGACUCUCCGGCUCUCAAGAAAGCUGACAUCGGCGUGGCGAUGGGCAUCGCCGGGUCUGACGUCUCCAAGCAGGCCGCCGACAUGAUCCUGCUGGACGACAACUUCGCCUCGAUCGUGACGGGCGUGGAGGAGGGCCGGCUGAUCUUCGACAACCUGAAGAAGUCCAUCGCGUACACGCUCACGUCCAACAUCCCGGAGAUCCUGCCCUUCAUCAUGUUCAUCGUCAUCAGCAUCCCGCUGCCCCUGGGCAGCGUGGCCAUUCUGGCCAUCGACUUUGGCACGGACAUGUUACCAGCCAUAUCGUACGCAUACGAAAAAGCAGAAUCUGAUAUCAUGAAAAGGCCACCACGACGACCAGGAAUAGACAGUCUUGCGAAUAAAAAGUUGAUGAUGAUGGCUUACUGCCAAAUUGGAAUGAUCCAGGCUGCGGCCGGAUUCUUCUCGUACUUUAUAGUGAUGUCAGAGAAUGGCUUCUUGCCUUCAAGACUCAUUGGCAUUCGACAGGAGUGGGAUUCAAAGACUACGAAUGAUGUUGUUGACUCCUACGGCCAAGAGUGGUCCUACAAGGACAGGAAGAUUCUGGAGUAUACUUGUCACACGACAUUCUUCGUCACAAUCGUUGUGGUCCAAUGGGUGGUCCUCAUCAUCUGCAAGACAUCUCGCGCCUCGAUCUUCCAACACGGGAUGGACAACUGGAUGAUGAACUUCAGCCUCGUCUUUGAAACGGCAUUGGCAGCAUUCCUUGCAUACACUCCAGGCAUGGAUAAAGCCUUGAAGAUGUACCCUGUGAAAUUUCACUGGUGGUUUUCGGCUGUUCCUUUCAUGGUGUGCAUGUUCGUCUACGAUGAGAUGCGGCGCUACUUCAUCAGGAGGUACCCUGGCGGCUGGGUGGAGCGCGAGACGCACUACUGAGCAGGUCCGCUGCAACAGGAUUGCUCUUCCCGGCAGCUCUGGCGUCCGCGGAACGGCAAGGCGUUGCUGCAGCCAAGUGGUCGCUCCACAGUGGUGUCAGCGGGUGCUUAAAUCAGCGCGGCAGGACUGUGCAAGCGAACGAACUGUCAUCAGCAAAGCAAUUUUGUGUUUGUGAGCAGAGGGUUUGUGAGCAAAGUGUAAAGAUAUUUUUGUAAUAUAAAUUUUUACUGCAGAA